AUAUCUUCUCUUCCGUAUCGUUCCGUAUUUUAUAAACAUUAGCACAAUAACGAGUGCUAUGAACGUUCCUAAAGACCGAUAUCCAGGCAAGGAUACAAAGAAAACAGAUAGAAUGGUGCAAUAACCUUCGUAUGUCACGCGAAACUCCUCAAGAGAGUCAAGAGAGAAGAUAAUAUCAAAACAAACAGAAAUGCUGCAAUUAAAUAAGUGCAUUUCAUCCCGGUUGUGGUAUACAUCUCUGAAUAUUUUUCAGACAAAUAGUGACAGUAGCUUUUUGAAAGAAUUUCAUCACAAUUGUUACAUUGAUUUAGCAGAAUUGGAAGCUGUGGUGGAGAGCUUGAUAGAUUCUCCAAAUGAAAAGCAAUACCAAUGGAUCGCCUAUACAUUGCUGUGGAAACUCAUGGACAACAAGUCAUCCAAUAUUGAUUGUAAUAUAAGACGCAAUAUUCAAACACAACUCAAUUACAUACAAAUGAGAAAUGCCAUGGAAUUAUGUGGGAAUGUACCAGAUCAUCUGAACAAGGAAUUGCUAACAUUUCUUCAGAAUACAAGUAUAGAGCACGGUACAAAAAAGACUUUAAACACUAUAUCUCAACAGACUGUUACAUUCCUAAAAGAAAGUCUGCACACUCGUUCAGAAGUAGCAUGUUGGAUCGUAAACAAAUUGACAUCCACAGUCUCGAACACGUGUAAUAUCGUUAUUGACUUACAAGAUAUUUACUUUUCUACAUUGAAAUUUUACCUAGAACACAUUCCGCUGAAAAAAAGUUGGUACUCAAGUCAUCACGAAGUAUUUGAGUCUCACUCCCCGGAGGCUGAUUCUGCCGUUCAUAGAAAUUCAUUACGAACCACCCUGUGUCUUUUGUCAAAAAUGAAUCUAGAUGCAGAUGUGGAGAUCAAGUUUCUAAAAACAAUUUAUCCUGCACUCUCGAAGGCGCAUCACGUUAAAGAUAUCGAGCUUGCAUUGUGUUCGAGCAAAAAUAACAAACUAUUUACCGAAUGGAAGUCGCUUUGGAGCGAGACGCACGCGUGCUCCGAAAGCGCUACUUGCUUGCUCGCGGCGUAUAAAAUCAAUGAAAGUAUAUGCAGAUUAACAGAAAAUUCUGAAAUAUUUUUGUGCGAACGAGAAUUACUCAAAAGAAUCACUGUAAGGCGAUUACACUGGUUAAAUGAUAUUCUCGAUAUAUGUUAUAUCUUAAUUAGGAACGGUAAAUACAGCGAAGUCGAAUUAUUGUUAUCGUGCGACUUGUUGAGGAGAUUAUAUCCAGUUUUGCUGUUCAAAAUAUUAAACAGCUGCCCACAGGAAGAGAUUGAUUCCCUUGAAAACUGCGAAAGUGACAUUCUCGUCUGUGAAUCUAUUAAAUUCCUACUGGAGAAGUGCUAUCUCGAUUUACACGGUGACUACGAUUUAAAUCAAACGUACAUACUUUUAAGGGAUCAUAUUAAAGUGACAGAAUAUAUCUUGCAUUGGAAGAAAAGAUACUUUACGAGAACGAGAUCGAACACAAGAGAAUCGAAAAGUUUGCAGUCUGAUUUAAUUGAGGAACAGGCAGUGUCUGUGAAACGAAUUCUGUCGCUGUUAUCAGAACGCAAUGUACUCUCCGUCUUGAAAGCGACGACGAACAUCUACGAUCAGGAUCACAAUGCCAUUCAACAUUUACUGAAAGAAUCUAUUUCGCAGUCGGAAAUCUUUCGGGCGUAUUGUUGCAUAGAAAGCGCUUUGAAAGCUAUUUUAUUAUGUGAGUUUUACAACAAGGAACACAAGCAGAUCACUAAAUAUUUUACUGACAUGGUGUCACACUUAUCCUCCUUACUCCCGCUGCUGCUGAGGAUAGAAAUCAUAGAGAAUAUAUUUUCGCUAUUGUUCCUGCGUUACGAAGAUUUUAACGUUAGAGAUGCGAAUGCCAAAGAUGAUUAUUGUAACAUUUCACUCGAGGAGGCGGACGUUGCCAAGUCGUUAGAGUACGAGAAGUCGGGCUUCAUAGCUAAUAAAUAUGCCGUAAGGGACAUGCUGCAUUACUUGUGGGAGUGCACUUUAGUUACGACACGAGAUAUCGAUGCUCAUUUGCAAGCGUCCGAGUUACGUGAAAGGAUUGAAAACCUUCACGAGAACAUGUCGAUCCUCACGUCGGCACUGACGCACGCCAGAUGGAGAUUCAAAUUUUAUAUGAGGCUUGAUUUUAUCGAGAACGUCGGUAUUCCAGAAGAGGAAGCAAAUACUUCCGUCGCGGCUAAAUCAGAAUCGGUGAUCUCCCAGAGACCGAACUUUCCGCACCGCAUCAAGAAAGACACGUUCUUUUAUCAGGGAGACAGCACUUCGGACGAAACGAAAAUUAAAUCUGACAGUAGCUCAGAAUCCGGCUUACUCGGCGGCAAUGUUAAACGCAGGAAACGUUCCAGAGGCACUGCGGAAAUGGUUGAUUUAACAACGAAGGACAGAUCAUGUAUAAUAAAUUUAAUGCUGGCUUCGAAAGAGAGCUUGAUCUUGUAUUGCUUAUGGAGGAGUGAUCUUCAGAAGGCACAUGAAAUAAUUGAGAUGUUCCAUAUGGAAAAUACACAAUUAGACGGCGAAGUUCGAUUCUCAGAAGCAUUUCAUGCAUUUAAGCAGAAUACAUUUAGUUACCUUCAUACCUCAGAACAAACAGAUUUAUCUAAAGAAAGCUCGAGGACUUCCACGUUAGAGAAUAUAAGAUUGGUUGCGCAAGAAGGCAUGCAAUCUUCUAGGCACACCAACCAACUCGAGACAUUUCUCGCAUCUCAGGAAACGCAUUUACGGAUGUCAAACACGCUUACGGAUAUCCUAAAUAACAACGAAACACUAACUCUUAGCGCGCUCGACUUAAGCCUAACUACUGGCCAAACGUAUCAGAUCUCGGAUAAUCUUUGCAAUGUCGCCAUAAAGUAUUUGAAAUUGUGCAAAACACUUGAUAACACGGAAUACGCGAGCUUCUUUCUAAAAAUCUAUCAAUUGUUUUACGAGAGCAGAAAUAAUACGUCCGUGAAAAAUAUACUCUGUGAUGCUAGAAUCCCGUUGUCCAUAAAAGAAUGGAGAGAGAGCAAUACUAUUUGGAACAAUUUCGAAAAUAAUUAUCGCAUGUUUAGCAAUGUUGAGAAAGUGGGAAUUACCAAGGUACAAACUUGCGACAAUAAUUAUGUCCUAAAAUUGAAAAGCAUAAAAAGUAUAUCUGAUAUUUUUACUAGCGAUCAAAAGUAUUUUCAAAACAUUUAUUUCCAUUUACAACUUCUCUGCACUAUUAUUCCAGAUACGAACAACGAUGCCAAUGUACAGACAAUAUCUGAUUUGUUAAAAACGCCAUUGCAUCGUUAUUUCGGAUAUCAAAUAUUCGAUCUGAAUACGGAGCCAGAAAAACUGGAAGCGAUCGCUUCUAGUUUGCAAGUGAAUUUAAUUUACAGUAUUCUCGUAAAUGCAUGCCCAAAUAUCUCUUAUUAUAACGGAACGAACUGCAACAAUAUCAAGUCUCCUGGAUGCAUCGUACUCAAUCAGAAUAGAGAUGAAUCGGGUGUAAAAAAUGUUACGAUUAAAAAGCCAAACCAAUGCGUUUCGGAGAUACUGUCGGAACUCCUGCAGGUUCUGCAUGACGUAAACUCGGGACGGUGUCGUCUGAAUUACUCGUACUUGAGGAAUGUUUCUAGUCACAAAGACGUGCGAACGGUCCUGAGUAAAACAUCAAAUCUUGCUGUUCUCGAUCUCAGCGAACUGUCCGUAGGAGACGAAACACUGACGUUCUUCCUGAACGUCUGGAACAUUAUGUUCCUCCACGCGAGUUUGGUCGUAUGGUCGAACGACCCACCUCUCGACAGUUUACGACACACGAUCUCUCUGAUGUCGAUCGGUUACGUGAUCGGUGAUCUGGGCCUGGUCACACUCGCUGCUCUCAGAUCGAAGUUGUUGGGCGAGCUCGCGAACGACUACAAGUUCUUCACGCGAGUCGAGGAGCUGAACGAAUUGGCGUGGCAGGACUUAGACCUCAUACAGAAUCCAAAAGUCAUCUUCACCAUGGCUAACGAGUUUUACGGCACGCCUGAGAUUCGCGUGUACGAGACACAGACGUUAAGCGAGAGCUUGAACGACGCGAUGCGCGAUUAUAUCUCUUACUACAAAUCGACAUCGCUCGAUGAUGAAUCCAUGGAUAGCGCGACAAGACGGAGAAUCGGCCUACCCGAUCUUAUACGGCAGUAUCUGAAUGCGUCGUCGCAAACCGACGGGAAUUCCCUUCCAACGGAUGCACGCGAGAUAUUGAACGAAGAUGCAGACGUGGUGUACGUUACGUCCGAUUACACGUAUGAAGUGAUAUUGAAAUAUUCCGAACACGAUGCACCUAGUGUCGGAAGCGUCACGAGCACCACGCAAACCCUUUCACUUUGGCAAACCCGAGCGCUAAGACCGACGUUACUGCAGUACUUGACCAAUCAUUGCUGGCUUCUGUCGUAUCUCAUCCAGAGGAUGCACAACGAGAACCCGACUAUUCUGGAAAAUAGUUGCGACAAUAUUGAACGCGUCGCGUGCCUCGACAAUCUUUUGAAUUCCCCGUGGAUCGACAAGUUGAAACUGCUAUUUAACGACAAUCAAACUCUCGCCGCCAUUCAGGACGGCGUUACCACUCAGGAAUUGUGGCAUUACUUCGAGCUUAAGAGGGAACAUUGUAACUGGCCGAGCCACUUGGAAAUUUUGAACGCUCUGCCCGACAACAUGAUGAAAUGUGACACGGAGCUGCAGCGCUUCAAGGAUCUGAUCCUAAGUCACAAGCUGUCUAAUCUAGACGCUCUCUCUGUCCCGAACAUGCUGCAGUACUUGUAUCAAAUCAAAGAUAUACACGUGCUGACGCAGACGAUACUGCACAACGUCAACAGGUGGCCGAUGAACGUGUGCGAGCACGCGUUACUUCAUACGCUGCAGCACGAGCACAGUCACAAGUUGCCGGCGCACUGCAAGCAUCGGAUGAACUGCAUCCUGUGCAGGAUAACGAUUUUUCACAAAAUGAUUCCGUAUUGCGCGAACAAAUGGAACAGCACGUGGUACGACGUCGCGUACUGCACGGAGAAGAUCGAUCCCUUCCAGAUCAUCAGGCACUUGAUCAACGUGGAUCAGUUCGAGUUGUGUCUUGAAUGGCUGGAGUGUCAGGCGUUCUCGUUGGAAAUACAACCUUCUCUGAUACAGGAUUUUCUGAUCGGUCUUUUGAGGAACAAGCAGCAAGAUUUUAAGCAGGCGUUAAAGUUUCUCCAAACGUUACCGUUGAGUCAGUCACUGAAGAUCUGCAAAGGAGUGCUCAAAAAAUUAGAAUCCACUAGUGCAUUGCAAUUUGUUGCCGAGUACUUAUUGGAACGCUGCAGACCGGUAGAGCAAUCCAAGUACCGAAAAACUUUGGUGGGAUUAGAAAUUUUGAAGAUACUGAAGGACAACGAUAGAGCACUGUAUAUUCAUUUGAUAAAGGAGCCAAUGUUAAUGUUGGAACAAUUAUUAAUGAAUUGUAAAUUUGAGAAUAUUCAAAAAAUUCUAAGCACGUUACACGAACGUUUACAACAUCCCGAUGUGGGCAUCGAGAAUUUCGACAAAAUUAUCAGAUUUUAUGCGAAAAAAUCGCUCGACUUUCGCGUAUCGUUUCAACGUGAUGAAAGUAAAGCCAAAGGUGUUCUGCAAUCUAAUCCCGAUACGGAAAAUAACGAAUUCAUCAUGCCAGCUAAUGUGCCCGCUAAAGAGGAAUGGAUACCAAACGAUAGAGCAAGAGAAUGCAGUUGCUGCAAAGCCGUGAUAUUCUCGAUGUUUAACAGACGACACCACUGUCGGCGAUGCGGCCGCGUCGUUUGCGCCAUGUGCUCUCAGCAUCGCAUGCAGGUCGCUGGUUAUCCCAGUUCCGUGCUCGUACGCGUGUGCGAUGAUUGCAAGCGUCAAACGGUAUUGCAAAUGCGCGCAGCGCAAGAUGUGCCAUCAGUGUCCAGCAGUGAAGCGUUCGAUUACUGGCGAUUGACGAAAGACGAAAGGCACAAUCGUACGAUAAGAGAAGAGUUUUCCUUCGAGUACGCGCCAAAUAUCUCACUGUGCCUUGCUAUUCUGAAUUUGCACUCCGAUCACAAAAUGUACACCAGCUUCCUGUUGGACCGUUGUGACGAGAUGAAACAGUUGCUUCAGCCUGUUAGCGGCGGCAAGAUAAAUCCCGAGAUCGAUCAUGCGGUUAUCAUCAAAAUGAUACGCUCUUUACUGAUUGCGGCUAAGGUGAAGUGCGCGAAGCUCGGCUUCAACACCGGUCUCGCGCACUGCGAUCGAUUUCUUUCGCAAGUGGAUCUCAUCGCGAUUCUAGUACAGUCCGAUUGUCUUGCUCUUAUACCGACGGACGAUCUGGACGAGCACACGUUGAGGAAGCUUCGCGAUCUCCUCACCGAGAAGGAACAAUGGACUUUAGCGUUGGACGUGAGUACAAAAGCGGGAUUAGACACGCAGGGCGUAUGGGCCGCGUGGGGAAAGGCUUGCCUCAAGGUGGGCCACUUCGAUCAGGCGAAAGAGAAGUUCCACCAUUGCCUCGACAAAAUUCUGCACGAAGAUCUCGACGAUUGGGUGGUGCUGUCUUAUCCCAAGGAAUCCACCGAGAGGGACAGGAAGGAGCUGCUCGAUACGCCGACGUCCGUAUCGAGGAGAAACAAAAUACCGGAUGAGGAAGAAAGAGCGAGCGAGAGCGGUAGUCACUCGAAGAGAAACGAGUACUCCAAAUGCCGACCGCUAAAAGAUCCACCGUUGUUGACCGAUAUCUUGCAGAUAUUGGAUACCUUGAGUGUACACCGAUCUCGGGUGCAGCAUCCGUCUCACUCCAAGUCUGACGCGGCACAGGAAAUCUUGCAGACGCUCAACAGCCUGAAAUCCGUCAGUCAAAACCAAUUUAGCGUGAAGCAUCUGAUUCCCGCUAAUCAAACGAUUUACUAUCAGGAGAGUCUGUAUUAUCUCUUGACGUAUGGAAGCUACGGUUCUAUACUGCAAUUCUUUUUGCGAUACAAGGAGUUCGACAAGUGUCUGAUAUACAUUUUGGAAAACGAUUUGGAGCGUGAUUUCUUUCUCAACGGGGUUUACCUGCCCUGUUUGAGGAACGGCGAUGUCGAGAGACUUCACGACGCAAUGAGGACGAGAGAUCCUACCUUGCUCGUUUGGAGGAAGUAUCUGCUGUUUAUCUGUCACUUCAUGGAAAGGAAACAAUACUGGCAUAUUUUGUAUCAAAUACAGCUGUUUAUGAAGGAUUGCGUGAGGGCGUCGAUGACGUGCAUUCGUUUUUACACCAACGAAGCGAGCACGUACUCGGAUCUGCACAACAGGGUGCAUCUAUUAGAGGACGCCCAGAAGCAUUUGGAGUCGGAAUUGCAGAUCGAGAGCUUGAGCAAACGAAGGAAGAGCACGAGUUCCGUUCAUAAUGGUCAGAACCUGUUGGCGAUGGAGAUGGAGCCAUUGGAAAUAGAUAGGCACAUAAAUACUAUAUGCAGACAGACGGAGAUCGCGAAAUUCUUGGCCAACUGCGAGAGAGAAGAGAGAGCAACGGUUGAAUUUUUAAAUCUCUUUCCAGAUAUCGAUAAAGAUAAUUCCCAGACACCUCAAUUGCCUACUUUAUUUGGCAAUCAACAGCAGAAGGUGCACUUGGCUGUUCUAGCUAUAUUAUGUGGCCGUGACAUUGAGGAAGGAUUCGGCAUAGCUUUCAGAAUAAUGCAAGAUUAUAAUCUUCCGCAACAGAAAGUGUAUUCUUUGGCCGGUCAUGUGUUGGCCCUGAAAAAUAAUGUAGCCGCGAUCGAGCAAUUAAUCAAAUGCUGUCGCAGCUCUGGAACACCCAACGCUCACGUUAUUUCCGAUUACGUUUUAACGCACUGCGUGAAAUUAUUGUUGAGCCGUUCGUACAAUGAGCAAAAUCCAGUGCUUAAAAAUCAUACAGAUGCUCUGGUCAGAUUAAUAACUGAUACAGAACUUAGGAUAAACGCGUAUAUUGAAAGCAAACAGCUGAAAGCUGCGUACUUGCUUGCUGUCAAGCAUUCUAGAGCGCAAGAUAUCAGGAGAAUCUUAAAAGAAUCGGAUAGACUUGGACAAAGUGCAAUCAAAGCGAUAUGCUUAAAAUGGCUGCAACAAGAAUCGAAAGAAUAGGCUUUCGAGGCCCUAUUGGGCCCGUUUGAUUGGAAAAAGACUAAGAAUGAGACAAUGUAAUUACUGGAAUAAAUAAGUUAUUGUUAAAAUAUUUUAGAAAUAAUAUGUAAAGGAACGUAUUUAUUAUUAUACAUAUAUUGUGAUAUAUAUAUAUAAGUAUAAAUUUUUUGUACUCUCACAGCAAGUUUGUGUAAAUAUACUAAAAUAUUUUCUUCAA